CCAGAACAUCGGUUUUCAAGAGUGGGAAAAAGCUAAAUCUAUGUGACGGCAUUCAGGCUCAUUUAGCAACUUGUGCAUCUCCUAAAGUUGUUGAUGAAGUUAGGAAAUUCCCUUGCAAGGUGUUGCUUAAUGAAGUGUCCCGUUUGAGUACCUGGCCUCUUCAGUUCCAUGAGUUUGGAGUCAGAGAAGAUAACAUAGCCUUCUUCUUUUUUGCAAAGGACCUCCUGAGUUAUGAGAAUAAUUACAGAGUGCUGAUUAGGAAUUUGAUGAAGCAUGACCUAGCUCUUCAAGGGAACUUUGGAGGCAUUGAGCUGUUGAUAUUCCCGUCGAACCAGCUUCCCGAAAAAUUCCAAAGGUGGAAUAUGAUGUUUUUCUUAUGGGGCCGGGCGUGUUCAGAGGGAGGAAGGUGAAUGAAAAAGCACUGACCAGAGACAUUCCCAGUGCUUCACAAGUAUCUAAAUGUGCAUCUUCACAUACAGAGGUUGUUGAAUCUCCAAACACUGUGCACGACACAACUUUGUGUGGUGGAGAGUUAUGUAAAAUUUGGAAAACAAUAGAAAUACUACAAAUUUGAAUUGACUUUUACAUUUAGAAAACAU